GAUUCCGUAGAUAAUGGUCUAUUGGAUCUCUAUGGGGUAGAGUUUGGUGAACUGCCAGAAGCAACCUCUCUUCUAAGACCAUACAUGCUGGCUUAUUGUCACGGCAAGAAGCACCUCGUUCAGAAAUUAGCUGACGAGUUAACCUACUAUGGUUAUAAAGGUCUGCAAUGCCACUUCACGUACCACAGUCUUGCUACUGCGACCAAGCGCUUAAAAAGCGAUCUUACAAUUGAAGCGGACGAUGUUUGGAUGACCAAGCUGUACAAAUUUGCCAAGAAAGCGAACGCUUUUAGAGAGGCUUCGUUGUCGAAGCCAGGUCGGGCACUAAAUUUUGAUCUGGAAGACGAGCUUUUGAUGAGAAUAUCACAAGAUGAGACAAAGGUUUUGGAUUGGUUAAAAAACAGAAUCACCAACGCCAACGACUGGCCUUAUCAGUGUUUCAUGAAAGAGGCUAACGGAAGGGAGCAAAGAAACACGUUGUAUUUACUUUAUCAAAAAAUAGACAGCGCCCAGGAUUUUAGUUUGCAAACCGCCGAACAGUUUUUGAGCUCUGAGCCAUGGUCUGGUAGCCUGAAUAAAGUGAAGUUUGCCUCGAGGGAAGUGUACAUUAGAGCACCGACGGAGGUUACAGCCAAGGGACAUCCUUAUCGUGAAGGGCAGGGAUGUACAAAACCAGCAACGGAUAUCGGGAUAUUCGUAAGCUACUGUCCUAAUCCUGCUAGCUGUAAUGUAAAGAAGAAGGUGUGGGUAGCUUGGAAAAAGUUCUCUAUCUGCUUCUAUCAAGAAGGAACUUGGUCGCCAGGUCGUUUUAUGGGGCACGGGAAAAAAAUGAUAUGGAUCCCCGAGACAAUGCUGAAAACAGCAGAACGUUUUUAG